CAUCCUGCACAGAUGCGCACAGUCUCCCACUAUAGCAGCCGCUUCAGAUGCUCCGCCGCUGCAUCCCAAUCACUUCUCUGCUCUCCGUCCCCAUCAUCUCGCUGCUGCAGCGGACCGAGCUGGAAGAGACAAGGAGCUGGCAGGCAGCAGCAGCACCUUGAGGUGCCAAACGGCAGGGUUUCGAAAGUCUGUCACGACUCCGUGCGCUACGGAGGCGCACCAGAUUGCAUUUUGAUGCGUCUUUGAAACAAUGCAGCAACGGCGGCUGAAGUCCGUGGAAAUUUGUCAAAGUUGUUAGGAGCUGUUCUCAUCUCGUCUGAGAAUUUGAUUUCACUUAAAUUAUAUUUGCGACUUCCUCCAAAAUCUCUCCAAUUUGCGCCAUAGUUGCUGCUGCUGCGGCCACCAGGUAAAGGAUGGACCGUGUCUUGUUCACUCACCCGGCAGCUCUCUCCAACCGGGAUCAAAUGUAAAAGAGCAGGAGCAGUGGAUCGGUGCUUUUUCAUUUUCUCACCAUCUCGGCUAGAAGUACCCGAAAUCAAGCCGGCGAUAGAUGUUGCAGCAGACAUGAGUUUUGGAAACAGAUUUUUCCUCGUUUCACUCUUUCUUGGAAUUGUCCUCACUCGCUUCGGCUACUGCAACCAGGUUGUGCUGCUGGAUACGACGUCAGUGCUUGGAGAGCUUGGAUGGAAGACAUAUCCUAUAAAUGGGUGGGACGCCAUCACAGAGAUGGACGAGCACAACCGACCCAUCCAUACAUUCCAAGUCUGCAAUGUGAUGGAGCCCAACCAGAACAACUGGCUUCGCUCCAACUGGAUCUCUCGGCAGGCAGCCCAAAAGAUCUACGUAGAGCUUCGCUUCACUUUGCGCGACUGCAACUCCAUCCCUUGGGUGUCUGGCACCUGCAAGGAGACCUUCAACCUCUUCUACCAUGAGACAGAUGAGGCACAUGGUGUCAAAUUCAAGCCCGCGCAGUACACCAAGAUCGACACCAUCGCUGCCGAUGAGAGCUUUACCCAGAUGGAUCUCGGAGAUCGCAUCCUGAAGCUCAACACAGAGGUGCGCGAGGUGGGACCCAUGACCAGGAAGGGCUUUUAUCUGGCGUUCCAGGACAUUGGUGCCUGCAUUGCAUUAGUUUCGGUGAGGGUCUACUACAAGAAAUGUCCGUUCACGCUGAGGAACCUGGCCUCAUUCCCGGACACCGUGCCUCGUGUGGACUCUUCCUCAUUGGUGGAGGUGAGGGGGGCGUGUAUCGACCACGCAGAAGAAAGAGACACGCCCAAACUGUUCUGUGGAGCUGAUGGAGACUGGUUGGUUCCUCUGGGAAGAUGUGUCUGCAGCGUGGGAUAUGAGGAGAUCGAUGGUUCAUGUGUGGCAUGCCACCCAGGCUUCUACAAGGCGUACGCUGGAAACAUCAAGUGUUCAAAGUGCCCGCCGCAUAGUUUCAGCUAUGGAGAGGGUGCUGCUAUCUGCCGCUGUGAGAAAGGCUUCUUCAGGGCUGAGAAAGAUCCUCCAACUAUGGCUUGUACACGCCCUCCGUCUCCUCCCCGCAAUCUGAUAUUUAACCUGAACGACACCUGUCUGAUGCUGGAGUGGUCGCCGCCGAGUGACACCGGAGGCCGCCGGGACCUCACCUACAACGUCCAGUGCAAACGCUGUGGCCCCGAGCCCAACCAGUGCCAGCUCUGUGAGGAGGACCUUCGCUUCCUGCCGCGUCCAUUAGGCCUCACCAACGGCACCGUCACUGUCACGGACUUCUCUGCACACGCCAACUACACCUUUGAGAUUGAGUCGCUCAACGGUGUGUCAGACAUGAGCUCCUUUCCCCGCCAGGUGGCCAUCAUCACCGUCAGCACCGAUCAGGGGGGUCCGUCUCUGGUGGGAUCUUUGAAGAAGGACUGGGCUUCUCCAAACAGCAUCGCUCUCUCCUGGCAGCAGCCCGAACAGACAUCACUUCUUAUCCUCGACUAUGAGAUCAAAUAUUAUGAGAAGGAACACGAACAGUUGAGUUACUCGUCGACACGCACCAAAGCUCCGAGUGUGAUUGUCUCAGGUUUAAAACCGGCAACGUGGUAUGUGUUCAGUGUGCGCACCCGCACGCCAGCUGGAUACAGCUCCUACUCCCCGAAAUAUGAAUACGAAACUACAGGAGACUCAUCAGACAUGGCGUCUGAUCAAGGCCAGGUGUUGGUCAUCGUCACAGCAGCGGUUGGUGGCUUUACCCUCCUCGUCAUCCUCACCCUCUUCCUCCUCAUCACUGGAAGGUGUCAGUGGUACUUUAAGGCCAAGAUGACCUCGGAGGAGAAAAGGAGGACUAAUUAUCAGAACGGACAUGUUCCUUUCCCAGGGAUAAAGACUUAUGUGGAUCCCGAUACAUAUGAAGAUCCCACACAGGCCAUCCAUGAAUUCACCAAGGAGAUCGACCCGUGCAGGAUCCGCAUCGAGAGGGUGAUCGGAGCCGGGGAAUUUGGCGAGGUGUGCAGCGGCCGCCUGAGAACACCGGGGAAGAAGGAGAUUGCUGUGGCCAUAAAGACGCUGAAAGGAGGCUAUGUGGAGCGUCAGAGGCGGGACUUCCUGCGCGAGGCAUCAAUCAUGGGCCAGUUCGACCACCCCAACAUUAUCAGGCUGGAGGGCGUGGUCACGAAAAGUAGGCCAGUAAUGAUCGUGGUGGAGUACAUGGAAAAUGGAUCACUGGACUCAUUUCUCAGGCAACAUGACGGUCACUUCACUGUCAUCCAGCUGGUUGGCAUGCUGCGUGGCAUCGCCUCGGGCAUGAAGUAUCUGUCAGACAUGGGCUACGUUCACAGAGACCUGGCGGCUCGAAACAUCCUGGUCAACAGCAAUCUGGUGUGUAAAGUGUCAGACUUCGGCUUGUCCCGAGUGCUGGAGGACGACCCGGAGGCAGCUUACACCACAACGGGUGGUAAGAUCCCGAUCCGAUGGACGGCUCCCGAGGCCAUCUCAUACAGGAAAUUCUCCUCCGCCAGCGACGCGUGGAGCUACGGCAUCGUCAUGUGGGAAGUGAUGUCAUAUGGAGAACGGCCGUACUGGGAGAUGUCCAAUCAGGACGUGAUUCUGUCCAUUGAGGAGGGCUAUCGGCUGCCGGCACCAAUGGGCUGCCCGGUGGCUCUGCACCAACUGAUGCUGCACUGUUGGCAGAAGGAGAGGAAUCAUCGGCCCAAAUUCACAGAUGUUGUUUCCUUCUUGGAUAAACUAAUUCGGAACCCCAGCAGUCUGCUUCCACUGGUAGAGGAUAUUCAGAGUCUACCAGAAUCUCCGGGGGAGGAAAUGGACUACCCAAUGUUCAUCUCUGUCGGCGACUGGCUGGACUCCAUCAAGAUGAGUCAGUACAAGAGCAAUUUCAUGGCAGCGGGCUACAACACAUUGGAUUCUGUGGCCAGGAUGAGUAUUGAAGAUGUGAGGCGUAUUGGUGUGGAGCUGAUCGGCCACCAGAGGCGGAUCAUCAGCAGCGUACAGACCCUUCACCUCCAGCUACUGCACGAACAGGAGAAGGGUUUCCAUGUAUGAGGACACCCUCACACACAACCUGGGAUGGACAGACAGACGGACCAGAUGGGAGUGAAGUCUAGACCAUGUGACAGACAGUCUACAGCCUGUGCCUGAUUCUUAACCCCUCAUACAGGAGGUCAUUGGCCAGACUGCUCCAGCAGACUCCCCCCUGGUCCCACACAUCCCAUAGUAACAAACCUUUUCUACUAUACACCCCUGACACAGUCUGCCUGGUUCUAUUACAGCCUGAUAGACUUUACAGACUGGCCCAGGCCCUCACUUAGGGGAAUGUAAUGCCUUGUUGCAACAGCAGUACUUGUGUGUGGAGCAACAAUAUCUAGAGAUGUAGAUUUGCAAAUGUAAUCUACUGAAUCUUUGGACCUUUUUUCUUUUUUUUUUUUUUUUUGUCUGUUCAUUUCUUGUUCCGAGUUAUGUGCUCAUGUAGCUGCUAUCGGGUGUGCAAUCGAAACAUUUUGUCCUUUGAAAAAAAAUAUAUAUCCUCGAUGAUUUUUUAUUUUGGAGUUUGAUAAUUUAUCAUUAAAAAAAGUUUAUUUGGAUUGCUUUAGUUACCCGCUCUCCAGAGAAUCUGGUACACUAAUACUUGAAGAAAGAAGCAAGAAGCAAGUUACGGAGAUUUCUUGAAUGUUUAAAAGUGUAUAGACAAGUAAUAAUUAUUAUUAUAACCUAAUAUCAAUAUAUGUGCAGUCCUGUAUGUGAAAGCCCUAGUAAAUCUGGAUCUUAUCUAAUUAUUUUUUAUCCAAAUCAGCAAUACAGUAUUAUGCAGUCACCUCAGUAUCUCAGAGAGAGAUGUAGAAUUGUGCAAUGAGAGAGCUCUUGUUGACGUAGAAACAUGAGGCUCACACACCAUCCACCUGUUUUUAUUCUGUUCUAAGCUAAACUCGCAGAACCGGAUCUGUUGAUUUCAGAUGAAUAACCAUACAAGUCUAUUCUGACAGUUUUUAGCAACCGGUGUACUCACAGUCAUGUGAUCAGCCCAAUUUUUUUUUAAAUUAUUAUUAUUAUUUUUGAAUUGUGAAUGUUCUACAUUGCCUGAAAGUACACAAUCUCCACUGUCUUAAUAUAUGAAUGUUCACAAAACUUAGCUAUAGAUAGGAGAUGUUUCAAAUUGUCUGGAAACUUAACAUGGACUUAUAUGGUUCUUCAGAAUUUGCUGAAAUCCUUUCAUAUCAUUGUUUCUUUCUACUUUUUUGCCUGGACACACACACACACACAUACAACACAGGCAGCAGUUUGCACUUUUGAGACAGUGGGCUCAAGAUGUCAGAGGAGAUUAGUCUAGAUGGGUUUCACAGAGCAGGUGUAUGCCAGCGUUGUGGUCUUGUAAAGGUUGUGGUAUUGUGGCAGUAAAGGAACCCAGUGUACAUAAACAUAGUCUGAAAUGAAUAAUUUCCUGAUCUGCAGUAGAUAAUGUCAUGUUGCCAGAUGUUUGCCAUUGAAAUCAACAUUUUCUUGAGUAACGUGAAUAUGAAGCGCUGCAGAAUAUAACUAGUUAGUUGAGUCGGAGGCAGCAGAAGUAGCUAAAAGCUGGUUGACGGAAACUGUUGAGAAAAAAAAAACAGGCAGUAGUGUUAGUUUUGUGUUGGUGAGGACAGAACUGUGCAGCAGAGAGACUAUGAGGAAGGCGGAGAGAGAACCAACAUAAACAGCAGCAUCAUAACUUAUCAUGUGUCAUCGACAGUAACAAACACACAUGCUCAGACACACACAGAACAAACACACACAGAAUGCCUUACAGUCUGUUCAACAUGCAAACACUUUAUAGUGGUUUCUAAGUUUCAGUGCAGUCACAGGACCUAGCCAUUAGCUUGAAUUGUACCAGAAUAACCACCCCGUCCACUGAUGCGGGUUUUUUAUUACAAACUGGAGCUCAAUGAUUAAUGUCAAGGGCGAGACUGGAUGGAGAGAUGAUCUGUGCCUUUCGGUCACAGCGUGGUCAUGCGUCCGGAACGGUGCACGCACACAUCAAAGACGCACACACAUUUGCACACACACGCGCUCACAGUCACCAACCCCCUCUACAGGAUACGGAGAUUAUCAGAUGCUGUUUGUUUAGCAUGUUCUACUGCUGAGCAAUGUUAGAACGUUCUUUUGUACAAAGUACAAGUAUACUUAUAAUUCUUGUAUUUUAUUUUUCUAUAAUUUCCAAAGAGAUGUUGUAGAUCUUGCACACUGUAAGAGGCAGUUACAGCGAAUAUUUAUUUGCAAAUAAAGAUGAACAGUUCUGGUG